UUGGUUGUUUUAUUGCAUACGUCACGAUGUAACUUCCGCCCGUUUACGAACGUCGUACGCUGCUCGGUUUCUUGCGUGUUUUGUUUGAAUAUCAGACAGAAUUGUGCUUCAUAGUCAUCACUUUGUCGGUAAGAUGACGUCACAUCGUGUCUAAAACGGACAUACACUCUGUAAAACGGUAUCUCUGCGUUAUUUGUGGAGAUAGCCGUCUUAGAAUGGUGAGGGUCGCGCUGCUAUGCUAGCGGUGUAUGUUAUGUUAUGCUAGCAGAGGAAUGGCCCAUGUGAAGAGCAUGCUAAGUGACGCAAUAGCUGCAGUCUUGGAAGAGGACGCGCUGGUUAAAUCUGAGGUGUCCCAAGUAAACUGUUCAGAGGAAAAGACCUUGUUGAAUGUUCCAACCUCCGUAAAGAAGGAAGAGAAGUCAUCAGAGGAGCAGGACACGUCAUUACCCCUGCACGGACAGCCUUCAUCAGAGGUGUCACGUGAGGCGUUCCAUUGGGUUCAGGUUAGGACUCUGUGCAGGCCAGUCAAGUUGAUCCACACCCGACUCUGUCAUGGACCUUAUUUUGUGCAUAGGUGCACAGUCAUGUUGGAAGAGAAAGGGACCCACUCCAAACUGUUACCACAAGGAUCAAAGAAAGUCCCCGGCAUUACAAGGUCUUCUGCCAAAGUGUCCUGACCAAGAGCAGCGAAUUCAGGAUGGAGAAGCUGUUGGUGACGCAGGUUGUCAGAAUAAUGGCGAGGCGGCCGCACCCAAGACGGUUACCAUACCCCCGUCCCCUAAAGUCAAAAUAGUUAGUGCCAAUAAUAGGAUGAGAAGACCACGAAUCGACACUUCACUUGUUUUUUUGACGAAGAAGUUUCUGAAGAUGCUCCAACGGGCGAAGGACGGCGUUUUGGACCUUAACGUCGUCUGCAGCCAACUCAACACCUCCAAGAGACGCAUCUACGACGUCACAAACGUCUUGGAGGGGAUCUUCCUCAUCAAAAAGAAGUAUAAGAAUCACGUGCAGUGGAUGGGCGGGUGGCUGAACGAGAACGCAGGGCAAGUGCUGAAACAGCUUUCUGAAGAAGAGAGGGUCCUGGAUGGGCUGAUCAGGACUUACACCCGUGACAUUCAUCGCUUGUGUUUGGAAGAGCAAAACGCCAGAUUGGCCUACUUGACCUACGAGGACAUUCAAAGCCUUCCCAGCUUCAAAGAGCAGACUGUGAUUGUGAUCAAAGGCCCCCCGGACACACAAAUAGAGGUUCCGCACGUGAUGGAGAGCAAGGAGGUCCACGUGAAGAGCACCAAGGGCCCGGUGGAGGUGUUCCUGUGCUCGGACGAACCUGUGCCCAGGGAGGCCCCCAUGGAGGUGACGGACCAAGUGGCGGCUAAUGACGCCGCGCCCAUCAGUAGUAACACCACUGCGUCGUUAAUGAUAUCCUUUACGGCCAUGCCUAUCAAAAGUGGUCCUUGUUUUUAAGUGCGCCUCAAAAACAUUGGCACCCUUACUCCUCUCCUUUGUACCGUCCGUCGUGUCACUCCACAACCAGACCUCGGAAUCCACUUCAUGACACACGGGAAAGACUGAGUUCAGGAUGACCUUUUAUUUAUUUUUUUGUUAGCGUUACGUAGGGGUGUCCUGAUCUGAUGCCCAAAAAAAUGCCAAUUAUCAGACGAUAAUAGCUUGCGUCUGAAAUCGCCGUUAUAAGCUACGAUACAAGCAGUCCUGCAGCUGGACAUCCACUUAACGUAUUUUCUGCUCUAUAGAGUGCACCGGUAUGUAAGCCACAGCCGCUAAAUUUGAGAAGAAACAUAUAUUUUUCCAUAUAUUAGCCGCACGGGACUGUACGCCGCAGAUAUUUGU